GAAAACCUCUGCUAUUCUAUCGUUUUGAUUGCCAGCUGGCAUUACAAGAAAUGUAAAACGGAGAGGCUAUUCGACCCGCAUUAACUCGAGUACCGACGAAAUGAAAUGUACGGGAACUGUCUGACAUAUUUUAUGCAGCCGAGUCCAUCCCACCUGUUGAAUCAACAUUACGUAAACGCAUAUAAACUUAGCGAUGAACCUGGUUCAAUCGGAGAGUGCGGGAGACGAGAAAACCCCGAUUCUCGGGAAAAAACGAUUCGGGAUGUUGUUCUACAGGAAUUCCCGUGAGGUACUCCAUGACAUGGUGGAGUUUCCUCGGCAUUUUCAACGUGUAUGCCAUGCGGGUGAACCUGAGCGUUGCUAUGGUUGCCAUGGUGAGGAAGACAUUCCAUCCUGAUUUUCCACCAGAAGGAGGGCCAGAAGUCGCCUGCCUCAAUCUUCUCGAGUCACGACAAAGUACAAACUAUUCCAAUGUUAUGCUAUCGUCUACCUCUGUUCAUGGCGAAUUCGACUGGGACUCUGACACUCAAGGACUGAUUUUGGGCUCUUUUUUCUACGGCUAUGUUAUUACGCAAAUACCCGGUGGCAUCGCUGCUGAAAAGUGGGGCGCAAAGUGGUUGUUCGGAAUAGGGGUUCUCAUCACUUCCAUCUUCACUCUGCUCACUCCUCUGGCAGCUCGGUGGAAUGUCUACGCACUCAUUGCCGCGAGAGUCAUCGAGGGGCUUGGAGAGGGAGUGACAUAUCCCGCCAUGAAUUCCCUACUAGGUCGCUGGGCACCCAAGUACGAGCGGAGUCGUCUCGCUACCCUAGUCUACAGUGGCGGACCUAUUGGGACUGUAGUUGCCCUCUCUCUUUCAGGUUACCUUAGUUCCUCUACUUUCUUAGGCGGUUGGCCUUCUGUCUUUUAUGUUUUUGGUGCCCUUGGAUGCGUGUGGUUUUUCUUCUGGAUCUUCUUUAUAUACGAAAGCCCAGAUCAACAUCCUCGCAUAUCAAAGGCAGAACUGAACUACAUUCGACGAGGACAGGACAGACAGGAAGGUGUGAGAGCGCCAGUGCCAUGGAGAGCCAUCUUGACCUCAGGAUCUUUAUGGGCCCUAGUUGUCACACAUUUUGGAAACAACUGGGGCUUUUACACCCUUCUCACAGAGCUUCCUACAUACCUCUCGAAUAUUUUGCAUUUUGAUCUCAAACAGAAUGGAACUCUAUCUGCUCUUCCGUAUUUGACGCAAGCUAUUUUCGGCGUUUUUGCCAGUUUGGUAGCUGAUAAAAUGAGGGCAAAUUCCAAUCUGCGGAUUACAGCCAUUCGAAAGAUCAUGAAUUCCGUAGCGUUCUACGGUCCAGGUUUAGGAGUAUUAGCUGUAGCUUUCGUGGGUUGCGACCCUGCAGUCAUCGUAGCUCUACUAGCUCUCUCGGUGGGUUUCAACGGAUUCAUCUACUCGGGAUUCAAUGUCACCCAUGUCGACAUGAGUCCGGAAUUUGCAGGGACUUUGAUGGGAAUCACGAACUGCGUUGCAAACGUCUCUGGCUUCUUAGCACCAGCUUUCGUAGGAUGGGCUAUAAGAGAUGGGCAAACCCUGAAGAACUGGGGUACCGUUUUUGUGACGACAUCUACCGUAUACUUCUUCACGGGAAGCGUCUUCAACUUAUUUGCAUCCGCUGAACUGCAGCCUUGGGGAGCUCCAACCAUCAAUCUUGGACCUGAAAUAGUAGUCCAAGGCCCUGAAGAGGAAGAACCUGAAAAUUCUAGGCGAAGAUCAUUCCCAUAAGAUAUUUUGAGAGCAGGUUUCUUCCUAAAACAGCUUUCUAGUCGCACAUCUAGUAGUUGGCCGUUCAAGCCCAUAGUUCAUGUGAAUGAAGACGUUGAGCAAAGGAGUAUUAUUGUGACUAAAAAUUUCAUGCAAUGACUCGAGUAUCAUUUUGCUUUUGUCAUUUCUUUGGUCGAUUUCGUUUUUAAAACGGCAUGUGACAUGAUCUGCCAAUUGGAAGAAGUGACUACAUUUCAGUGAAUCGUUAAAUUUGUUUUUAAAUUUGUUCCAGGAGUUAUUUUAUGUUGUAAGAAGUGAAAAGUUAACGUAAGUAAAGGCAAUUAAAACAUCUUUCGGGAAAGAAUUCAACAAUUUUGAGUCUAUAUCAGCGAUAAGAAACGCCAGCCUAAAACUUCAUGAUGGCAACGAAUAAAAAUGGUUUUUGAAAAAAACUUUGAGUUUUGAUAUCGUGAAUUCAAAUCAUAUUUUUCGCAAUCACAAGUUGCGAUGGGAUCCUACUCGUUGGGGUUCUUGUUUCUCACAGAUAUCCUGAAUGAAUGUAUAUGAACAUUCAGUUUGUUCGAUGCACGAUAAAACGUAUAGAAUGAAAAUAAUAUUAACAAAUUAGGUGGUUUCGACGAAGUCCGAUGAGAGGCUGUGGCAGAUGGGAAGUCAUUGCGACCUUCCAAAAUUAUCAUGAUUAGGCGAAUUUUGUCUGACGAUUCGGCAAAAUUAUCAUAAUGAGGAGAAUUUUGUCUGACGAUUCGGCAAAAUUAUCAUCAUUCGGCAAAAUUUGGAGUUCCAUUCGGCAAAUUGAGAAUUUACACCCCGCUUAAAGAUUUAAGUUCGGGCGUCCCUGAUGGAUGCCUAUUCGAAAACUAGAAACUCUCCCCUUCUGGGCAUUGUAAGUUGUAUAGAGGAAGGUA